UCUGAGUGGUCUUUCCCUCCUUCCGCUGACUCCCGUACCCUCUUCUAGAACAGAAGCGGUGGUUUUGAAAUUCCCCGGAAAGUGGAGGACCGCCCCUUCCCCCUCUCUCCCACCCACGCUCCGCCCGCCACCACCCCUGUCUUCCCGCGGCCGGCGUCCACCUCUCCGGCUACCUGGGUGCACGCGGUUAAAUGGCUGAUAAGCAGAUCAGUCUGCCGGCCAAGCUCAUCAACGGCGGCAUCGCCGGGCUGAUUGGGGUCACCUGCGUGUUCCCCAUCGACCUGGCCAAGACGAGGCUGCAGAACCAGCAGAAUGGCCAGCGCCUGUACACCAGCAUGUCCGACUGCCUCAUCAAGACCAUCCGCUCCGAGGGCUACUUCGGCAUGUACCGCGGAGCCGCUGUGAACCUGACCCUCGUCACCCCUGAGAAGGCCAUCAAGCUGGCUGCUAACGACUUCUUUCGAUAUCAGCUCUCCAAGGACGGGCAGAAGCUGACCCUGGUGAAGGAGAUGCUGGCGGGCUGUGGGGCUGGCACCUGCCAGGUGAUCGUGACCACCCCCAUGGAGAUGCUGAAGAUCCAGCUUCAGGACGCAGGCCGCAUUGCUGCCCAGAAGAAGAUACUGGAUGCCCAGGCCCAGCUGUCGGCCCAAGGGGGCUCCCAGCCCUCCGUGGAGGCUCCGGCCACCCCCCGGCCCACGGCUACUCAGCUGACCCGGGACCUGCUUCGGACCCAGGGCAUUGCCGGCCUCUACAAGGGCCUGGGGGCCACACUGCUCAGGGACGUCCCCUUCUCCAUUGUCUACUUCCCCCUCUUUGCCAACCUGAACCAGCUGGGCCGUCCCGCAUCGGGGGAGAAGGCUCCUUUCUAUGUGUCCUUUCUGGCUGGCUGUGUGGCUGGGAGUGCAGCUGCUGUGGCCGUCAACCCCUGUGAUGUGGUGAAGACCAGGCUCCAGUCACUGCAGCGCGGUGUCAAUGAGGACACCUACACGGGCUUCCUGGACUGUGCCAGGAAGAUCCUGAGGCACGAGGGCCCCACGGCCUUCCUAAAGGGCGCCUACUGCCGCGCCCUGGUCAUCGCCCCACUGUUUGGUAUCGCUCAAGUGGUCUACUUCUUGGGCAUCGCAGAGACGCUGCUGGAGCUGCCGCAGCGACCCCAGCACUGAGCACAGCGGCCAGCCGCUCCCUCCAGCCGAGUGGGACCAGAGUGGGGCCGGAGCCAGUCCUGCCCAGGGCCUGCCCAGGACUGAGCAAGAGACAGUCUCUCCCCAGCCUUCUCACGUGGACGGGGGGAAGCAGAGGAAGGGGUCCACAUGGUGCACACAGCGGCCCCCGCAGGGUCCUGCCUGCACGACCACUGGGAGCAAUGUCUUAUUUAUGUAGAAAAUGCAGAAAUCUUUACAUUCCUGGAGCCAGCCCCUGCCACAGCUCCGCCCCGGCCUGAACACCCCCAGGGACAGAGCUGGUCUCUGGGCUGGGGCGCCCAGGCCUGGGACCCUACAAGCGGGACCCUACCCUCCAGUCUACCAGCUCUUGUCCCCGAGGCUUGGCCCCUAGUCUGCGAAGGGGACCCCGCACAAACCUAUUUAUUAACUUGCUGAGCACAAGUGCUCUGUCCAUCCCUCUGUCCAUCCGUCCAGCCUCCCCCUGCUGCUGUCCUUCUCCACUUGGCCAGGACUCCAUUUUGCCCCCCCAGCCAGCCUUGCAGGAGGAUUGGGGUUCCUGCCCCCCAUAUUGAGCCAGGAGUCCCAGGCAGGGGUCACACUGAGUUCUGACUCCCAGGGCAAGCCCCCCCACUCCACUGUGGGACCCAGCACCCCUCCUGGUGGGCUUCUCUCCCCCGACCCCAGGCUGGGGGCAUGUAGCAUGUGAGGUCUGUGUGCAUGUGCAAAUGUUCUGGGGAGCAGUUUGUGUCCUCCAGCCUUCCACUGGCCUGGCCCCUCAGAGAUGGGGCUGGGGGCAGGAGUGGGUGGCUGCGGGCUUUACCCACAUGGCCAGGCAAUGUGUGUGUGUUUGUGCUGUGUGCGCCCUGGGCUCCUUUCUGACCCCAUUCAGGAAUUUAUUUUCCCAGCGUGGUUCUUGCUGCACCUCAGCAAACCCCUCUUCUGAGACCCCCCCCCCCCACCCUCCGGCGCCAGGAUUGGCCAGUGGGGAGGGCAGACAUGAGGACCAGUAUGGAGCCUGGGGGUACCUGCUCUCUUUCCAGGGAUAGCACCUGCUCCCUCAGCUCUCUGGGGGCUCGCCCUACUCCCGGGGGCUCGCCCUACUCCCCGGGCCUCUGCUAAGGCCGCUGAAUACACUCCGUAAGCUCUGCCUUCCCGGACUGCCCCCUCCGUUGGUGUCGUGAAUCAGAGCGGCCGCCCCGCCCCAGGCCACGUGAUUGUGUCGGUAUUGAUCUGAUGUGCUGGUGCUGUGUACCCCCACCCGGGCCCCCGUCCUCGGAGGCCCCUUCCCGGUGACACUACCUGGGGCUCAGGCCUGGGCCCCCCAGUUCACGGUUCCUGGGAGCUGCCCUCUCCCGCCACAUCUGUACCUUGGAAGCUGCUGCUGCUUACAGAAUUAUAUUUUUUCUUUUGAAGAGUUUUAAGAAGUUGUAACUUUUUGUGUCUUGUCCUGUGAGAAGAUAAAUAAAUAUUCUAAGUAGA